GCUGUGGUGGGAGCGGGGCGCGCGGGCAGUGCCGGUGCAGGGCUCGGAGCGGCAGGUGAUGGGAGAGAGCGCGCGCGUGCGGGUGAGUUAGACGGGGUGAUGGUGAAGGUGAUGAUGAUGAUGGGCUCCGGGAUGAAGAUGAAAAAGGAUGAAGCGCAGGCUCUGGCGCGGAGCUGCGCGAGCAGACCGGAUUUUCUCCCGUGCGACGGAUCGGUGUGCGCCACGCACACGCACGGCAAGUGCUUCAGACUGCACUGGUGCUGCCACCUGGGCUGGUGCCACUGUAAAUACGUCUACCAGCCCAUGACGAGCGUGGGUCAGUUACCCAGCACCACCAUCCCCGCUGCUCCGUCAUUUUACACAGACACCAUCGAUCUGUCCAUCUCUCUGACCGAACGUUUCCUACGCAUCGCUCCCUGCUUCAGACCGCCCCUCUACCCAGAAUACCCCCGGUACUGCAACAUCGCCGAGCUCUUCAUAGACGACUACAUCGUCAAACGCAUCAACGGCAAGAUGUGCUACGUUCAGAGGCCGGUCCCUCAGAUGGAAGCCCCGCCCACUCCUCAUCCACAUGCUCCGCCCCCCCUUGACACUCGAACAGCCAGUCUGCAUCAACUGGACGCUCGUACCGGACAGCACUCUGCGAAUACUGUUACACUGGAUGCUAACAAAGGACACGUGGUUAUGGAUACAGUUAAAGCACCUAAAAUGGACCACUGCUCGUCCCCGUCCAACUCGGACGAUUCUGGGAUUAACGCAGGUGGCAGACACUACCUGGAGUCGUGUGAGGAAGAGACUGAGGAGGAGGAGGAAGAGGAGGAAGAUGAUGAGCUGAGCGAGGGACGAGUGUCCAGUCCCAGCAGUCUGUGGGAGCAGGACGGAUGUGGGCUGCUUUCACCUUCUAAAUCCACUGUGGAGAUCAUCGAAAACAUAGAGACCACAGUGUAACAAAGCAGGGCUGCAACUGUUAGACAAUUAGACAUUUAGACAAUGUCAGCUAGGAUUUUUAUUAUUAAUGCAUUGUCUACUGAAGUAAAAAACACACUCUGUAAUGCUCUGUACUGUUCAUAUGAUUCACACUCUUAUUCUGACAAACUGUAAUACACUGCAAGAAGCCUAGGGGGCACUAUACAAUGCUAUAUAGAGUUCAUAUGAUCCACACACAAAUUCUGACAGAUUGUAAUACACUACAGAAAGUAUAUGGGGCGCUCUAUAAUGCUCCAUAAUGUUCAUAUAAUCCACAUGCUCAUUCUGACAGAUUGUAAUACACGACAGAAAGUAUAGGGGGGGCACUAUAAUGCUCUAUAAUGCUCCAUAAUGUUCAUAUAAUCCACAUGCUCAUUCUGACAGAUUGUAAAACACUACAGAAAGUAUAGGGGGAGCUCUAUAAUGCUCUAUAAUGCUCCAUAAUGUUCAUAUAAUCCACACACUAAUUCUGAUAAACUGUAAUUCACUGCAGAAAUCAUAAAGGGCACUCUAUAAUGCUCUAUAAUGUUCACAUGAUCCACACAUUCAUUCUGACAAACUGUAAUACACUACAGGAAGUAUAGGUGGAGCUCUAUAAUGCUGUAUAAUGUUCACAUGAUCCACACGUUCAUUCUGAUAAACUGUAGUUUACUACAGGAAGACUAGGGGGCGCUCUGUAAUGCUCUAUAAUGUUCAUAUGAUUCACACAUUCAUUUUGACAGACUGUAAUACACUACAGGAACCCUCGGUGUGGAAAUAGUGAUCAGUUGCAGCCCUAAAUACAAAACAGCAUUUUCUCUCUCUCUGGCUGGUUUUGGACACAUUGGAUUGUUGAAUUCUGAAUUAUUUGACAGGUCUGAUCUCGGGAACUCUCACAGGUCGUCUCACAGUUUCUUCCACUGUGUAUAUUAAAACGUUACCUAGAACACAUAAACAGAUUCUGGUUUACGUCACCACAACCCUCACCAUGUCUAAAACACUCACAAACAAGCACUAGCCUAUAACCAGGCUGCAUCACUGCACAUCAAACGUAGUAAAAGCAGUAGUAUUAUUCAGUUUAUUAUCAUCACUUCUGUCUGUUUCCAUAUCCUUAAAGGAGACCUAGGAAGACUCCACUGCUGACACUUCAAAUAUGAGAAACUUGGAGCAAUUUGCCAAAGAAGAGUGGUACAAAAUUACAUUUGAGAUGUUUAAGAAGCUUGUCGAUGGUUUUAGGAAGUGAUCGAUUUAUUUGUUUUUUUUUCCCCAAAGGGUGUGCAACCAAAUAUAAUAUAAUAUAUUACAAUAUUUGUGUGUUGUUGCAAUACACACAUAAUAUAUGUGUGUAAUGAACUUGCAAUAAUUGUUUGGUAGAAAUACUAAUUUAUCAGUUAAAAAAAGCUUCACAAAAACCUUCUGAUUUAUGUUACUCCUUAUUUAUGUUCUUAAAAUGGACCAUUUCCCUUCUCUUUUUUAUAUAAUUUUCUACCAAUUUACAAUUGGCCAAUUACCCAACUUAUUCAUUAGGACUCCCCCUAUCACUAAUAAUGCUCCAACACCAGGAGGGUGAAGAACGGCAUAUGCCUCCUCUGAUACAUGUGAAGUCAGACUCCGCCUCUUUUCGGAGGAAAGCGCAGCGACACGGUUCUGAUACAUCAGCUCACAGACGCAACCUUGUGCUGAUCCACAUCACCCUAGGAGUGAUCAGGGGAAAGAGUGCCAUCUACCGUAUCCACCCAGAGAGAGAGCAAGACCAAUUGUGCACUCUCAGGGCUCCAGCAGCCGAUGGCAAGCUGCAUGACCAUGAUUCGAACCAGAGUUUCCCUUCUUUAAAUCAAAUCAGUAAUGUCUGAUUCGCGUAAAAAAAAAUUAAUACACAAAUACUCUAAUGUACUUCAACUCUGUUAUGGUUUAAAAGUGUUUAAAAGCCAAGGUUCUAGGUGGUUCUGUGUGGUUUCUGAGGACUUUAGGGAUAAAAUAUGAAGCAGAUUCCAGGGUAACUGAGUAAAUCUGAUUAAAUGCUGAUCUGUUUUUAUUCUGAGAGUUGUUUCUGUGUGGAGUUGAGUUCUAUAGUAAGAGUACUCUGCUGAAAAACUGCUUCUCACUGUGUCUUUCAGUAAAGAGGAUUAAUGAUUACCAACACACACAUUCACACACCUCACUGUCACUCUGCAGUGUUCACUCUGAAUCACUCUUUAUUAUAAUAAUCUCACUCUUUCUCUCAUUUUCUUAUAAAGACCUGAACUGUU